AUGAAUCGAAGAAUUAUCACAGAAGUUGGAGAUUCUAAUCGCAAAGAUCUCAAAGAUGAGUGUAAUGCAAAUGAGUAUAAUUUCAUCUCGAAUAAACGUUAUCUACACUUGAAAUCCAAUGCAAGUGAAUCUGCGGUUGAAUUGAAAAGACAAAGUAGAAUUAAUCCAAUGGCAUUUCAAUAAGAGAAUGUUUCCAUAGAUUAAACGAAGUUAUACUCUAUGGCGAAACUGUCCCUUCAAGGAUAAACUGAAUAGCUGAAGAAUUGCUAAUGGUAGGAUCUCAAUCUACAAAAAAAGAGUUCUUGCUUAUUCAAGAAUUUAGACAAAUUAGAACAUAAAAUUUUUGUUAAUCAAGAUUAAUUUACAAAGAGAAGAAGUUAGUUGCUGAAAUAACUAAUGUAAAUAAAACAAAGUGAUAGGAGUAAGUCGAAUUAUAACUUGUAGAUUAAAGAUGGUGAGAAAAUUGAAACGAUCCUUCAAGUGCGAUCGAUAAUGAAUGCUGAAGGGAGGUUGGAAUAAUAGUAGAGAAGAUUUUAGAUACAAAAUCAAUCUGUCUUAAGAAUGAGAUAAAGAUUGGCUAGUUGUUUGGAACAGAGUCAAGAUAGAAGCUUGAGUAGAUUGAAUAUGAAUUUCUCCGCUUUGACGAUACAGAGAAAAGAGCUGAUAAAUAAAAAUAGCUCUUAAUUAAGAAUAAGAAUGUAAUAAAAUUGUUGUAACAAAGAAAUAAAUACUAAUUGA